GUUUCUUUUUGUGCAUGUGUGGCGCACGAUUUGACCGAUUCGGCAAAUAAGAGCGAGUUUUUGAUGUGUAGUAAAUACCAAUAAUAUAAUAAAUAAGUAUAUUAAGCAAUUUAAAGUUUUAUAAUUUAACAACUUAAAAUAAAUUCUGCAACUGCACUCGUUGUAUAACUUAACAUCGAAACGAAAUGCCACCAAAAAAGCAUGAGGAACAUGAGCGUAAGCCACUCAUUGGGCGCAUUGGCACAAAUCUACGAAUUGGUAUUGUUGGUGUACCGAACGUGGGCAAGUCCACCUUUUUCAACGUCUUGACGAAAAGUGCUGCUCCAGCUGAAAAUUUUCCUUUCUGCACCAUUGAUCCAAAUGAGAGUAGGGUACCGGUACCAGAUGACCGCUUCGAUUUCUUGUGUGAAUAUCACAAACCAGCUAGCAAAGUACCUGCUUAUCUUAACGUAGUUGACAUUGCCGGUUUAGUGAAGGGCGCUUCUGAAGGUCAAGGCUUGGGAAAUGCCUUCUUGUCACAUAUAAGCGCUUGUGAUGCUAUUUUUCAUUUAUGUCGUGCCUUCGAAGAUCCCGAUGUAACGCAUGUUGAAGGUGAAGUUAAUCCAGUGCGUGAUUUAGACAUUAUUUCAGAAGAAUUGCGUUUAAAGGAUGAGGAAAAAUUAAUGCAAAAUUUGGAUAAAUUGGAGAAAGUUGUAGCACGAGGUGGCGACAAGAAGCUUAAGCCAGAGUAUGACUCAAUGUGUAAGAUUAAAACCGUUUUGGUAGAUGAAAAGAAGCAGUUACGUUUUGCUGACUGGAAUGCGCAUGAUAUUGAAACCCUUAACAAAUAUCUUUUCCUUACAUCGAAACCAGUUAUCUAUUUAGUGAAUUUAUCGGACAAAGAUUUUAUACGGAAGAAGAAUAAGUGGCUACCUAAGAUUAAGGAGUGGGUAGAUCAGCAUGACCCUGGUGCAAUAAUUAUACCAUUUUCUGGAGCUUUUGAACAUGAAUUAUCAGAAAAAGACGAUUUGGAGCGCAAAGCAUACGAAGAUGAAGUGAAAUGCAAAAGUCAACUGGAUAAAAUUAUUAUUACUGGAUAUAAAGGAUUGCAGCUGGAAUAUUUCUUUACUGCUGGGCAGGAUGAAGUCAAAGCUUGGACCAUACAGAAAGGCACAAAAGCACCUGCUGCUGCUGGACGUAUACACACUGAUUUUGAGAAAGGAUUUAUUAUGGCUGAAGUAAUGCAUUACAAAGACUUCAAGGAGGAAGGUAGUGAGGCUGCAGCAAAAGCUGCCGGAAAAUAUAGACAACAGGGACGCAAUUAUACUGUCGAAGAUGGUGAUAUAAUAUUCUUUAAAUUUAAUGCAGGCGCUGGUUUAAAGGAUGCCAAGAAGAAAUGAUUGAAUAUCGCCCUGAUACUCUUCACCAUUUUUUAUCUAAAUAUGAUUUUCUAUUCUCAAAGCUUUUAUAUGAAUUAAGUUUAAACUAUUUUUGUAUGCAUUGCCUUGCAGUUACAGACGAAUUUUUGUAAAAUUAUUUAAAUUUUUAUAAAUUAUUCAAGUCACCCAUGUUAAAUAAAACAAACAGAGUGAAGUGGCAUAUCUGUUUUAUAAAGAAAAGUUUGAUCAGUUUGAAAAAAUAAAUUAAUAUUU